CGCUCCCCCCAACGGCCCGGCCAUGGCUGAAACGGAGGAAACCCUAAAAAGGAUUCAAGCGUACAAAGGGGUCGUGGUGACUAUGGUUGUCAAUGCAGAAGGAAUUCCAAUAAGAACAACUCUUGAUAACUCGACAACAGCGCACUAUGCAGGUCUCCUUCAUCAGCUCACCAUGAAAGCGAGGAGCACAGUGAGAGAUAUUGAUCCUCAGAAUGAUCUAACCGUCCUCAGGAUCAGAUCAAAGAAACAUCAAAUCAUGGUAGCUCCAGAUAAGGAGUAUCUGCUGAUUGUUAUCCAGAACCCACCCGAAUAGACCAGCAGGAUGCUAUUCUCAGACAGACGCAGCUCUUCUUGUUAAGCCAACCUUCCUUACCGAUGCUCAGCACCAAACACAGCACAGGUUCUACACAACUGUUCAGUUGUGACUGAAAGCGCUGCCAGUUCAAAGUUCUGUUGCAGCUGUAUCAAUUUGUGCUUGAGCAACUCCGAAUGCAAAUAUUAAAAUACUGGUUGCCUUAAUACUCUAAUGAACAAUAAUAAAGCAAAAUGCUUGAACUUUGA